AUGACCAGCUGCGGGUUUAGAAACAUGAAGGUGGAUAUUGGGUGGGUAGAGGAGAGAGGUGCAGUGCCUGAUAUCAGGAACCUUGGGAAGCUUCUGAACUCAUUGCAGAAUGUAUUCAUUCCCACUGAGUCUAUCAUCUUUGAUAACAUUUCAUGCUUCCAAAUAAUUCUGAUACUCUCUCUAGAGCGAAGGGAUAAGAAAGCAAAUCACCCUGGUACACGAGGAAGGAGACUGUCUGUAGCAGCUGUUCCAAGAGUGGAAUAUCGCUAUCAAAUUGAGUACUUCCUUCUACCAGAUGACCUCAUACCUAGGAAAGUGGACUUGCUGGUGUCUGGCAUGGUUGUAAAGCUAUUUGUAGACUCACAUUCCAAGACAAUGACACCGUGGUUUGAAAACAACAAGAUGUGGAUAUCGUGGAACCUUAGUGUUGAUAUCAGUGUCACGAAUGAAUAUCUACUAAAACUAAGAGAUCACAAAAUAAUUAUAAAGAUCUGGGAUGCCAAGGAAAACGUGUCCUCAAAAGCAAGGCCUAGUAAAGCAGAUAUUACUGCUACAAUAGAAGAUGAUGCAGAGGAAGUUGAUGAGGUAAAACACAGAGUGCUAUUGCAAAGAAAACUCUUUGAAGAGAGUCAGCCAGCACCCAGCUGUAUGAAAAUCAAAGCAACAAAGGAGCCUAAGGUGCAGGAGGAGCCUUCAGCCCUUCCUGAUGAAGCAGCAGAAGCUGAUCUGAAUGGACCAGCAACAGCUGAUGGUGGUUCGCUACAUCCACCAAGGACAGAUGGAGCGAGAAGUGUGGUAUUUGCAAAACCCCCACUUCUGGAUACGACCCAGCUUCUGAAGCAGAAACCAGUUGCUGCUCCUCCAGUUAAUUCAGCUUCAAAAGAAACUGAGAAUAGAAUUGAUAAUGUGAGAGGAGACAAAGCAGCCAUCACAAAAGGUAGAAAAGCUUCUGUUGCUAAAAGAAACACUGAUGCUACUGCAGCAAAGAGGUACUGCAUUGCUUCCCUGCAGCUAGAUGCUAUGCCUCUCCUCUCAGGACAAGAAUCGGUGAUCGGUCGCCUGUCAGAAAACACUCCUGAAGUUUUAGAUGCUUACGUGACCUUCACUGUGGAAACACCUCUGCUGUCUGAAAGACAAAAGCAUGAAUUGAAUCCCCUGAUUAUAAAGAUUAUUUCAGCUACCCGCCUCCCAAACAAACCUGUACCAAUAGAAGUGCUCCAGACGUUGUGUGUCCCCACCUACUGCAAAUAUAAAUUUCACAACUUCCCACCUCAUCGAACUCACGAACAAAUCCAUGGAACCCAUGUCUACUUUAAGGAUGUUAAUGUACUUCUAGCAGGGACAAUGAAACCUGGGGAAUUAGAAGCGUACCUGAGAGGUCCACCUUUGGAGAUUGAAAUUCAUGACCGGGAUCGAAACAUGGAAACCAUCGCAAAAAAGCCAGCUUUGUUUGGGGACAAUGAAGCUGAUGAACAUGUGGGGAAGGUGAGCUUCCUCACUUACAAAUCCACAGCUUAUAAUAAGUUGAAGAAUGAAAUGUGGCAUCCACAUGGCGUAGCUAAAGUCAGUCUGACUGAUUUAUUGUUGGGUAGAAAGUACUUGAAUGUCAGUGCUCCCAUCCGUAACUGUUCAGUUCCAAAUACAGAUGCUUCCAGUGAGGAUAAAAAUGGGAAAAUAACAGAAUCAGUGAGUAAUUCUUUCUUACUGCCUAUGGGAGAUUAUCUAGAAUCAGACUCAGUUUUGAAAGUAAGAGUGGAAAUAGCCGUGCCACUGGGACCAUGUGCAGAAAUUGCUGAUGCUCGAGUCACAGGUUGCCCAUAUGGUUGUAUAAUCUAUAUUUUUGACUAUAAUAACUCAUCUUUAUUGCAAGAUUUGGUAGAAGAGAUUAAAGAAAUCAAUACUAAAGCCCUCCAGCUGGAUGGCUGGCCUGUACACUUAAUCGGAAUGGCUCUUGCUGCAUUAAAACUGAAAACCACACUUGAGAAAGUUUCCGAGUUGGAUAUUGUUACUGGCUUUCACUUACUGGAUGGAGCAACUCAUCUCUUUGUCUUGGAGGGAUUAAAAGACAAAGCCAUCAAGAAACUAUGGGAUAGACACUUUGAAAGGACUUACAAACCUGAAGAUGGACAGCUGGCAAUACUCUAUAACUCACAACUGGCUUUCCCUCAGCGCCUGUACACAGACCUGGAAGUUCUCUUUUAUCAUUUCCGCCUCCAUGAGCCCCUCUUCACUAUAGCAAGAAGCUCUCUGCUGUAUGUCCGAGGUGUGGUCCCUCAGGCGUGUUUCCAAGCCCUGUCCAGGCUCAGUUCCCUCUGUCGCAGUAAGAGGUUGAGGGAUGUAAUCCGUGGGGAUCUGCUGCCCUCAGCAGAGAUGAUCACAGCCUUGAGUCUUGAGUAUGGAGUUCCCUUAACUGAUGAGGAUCUCUUCACUCAGACACCUCCUUUACCCACAUUUUCCCCUGGUGAUUAUACAGUACCAGGAAAGGAUAGCAGAGUGAAACAGGCAGUAUCUUCUUCAGUAGAUAACUACAAUGAAGCCUAUAUACAGCGGAAGAAAGAAAUAGCAGACAAAAUGUCUUUCAAGAAAAACUAUAUUAAGGCUAACAUUAAUGCUGUACGCCAACUCAAAGGAAAGAUGGAAACGCCAAGGUCUGAAGUUUUCCUGAUCUCUCCUGUUGAUGGGAAAUCUGUCUUUAACUACAGCUGUCAGAGCCUGAAUUCUGCAGAACUUGCCAAGAAGCAUCUUCGCCAGGAAAUGGCAAAGGAACCAAAAACCAGAUUUACUUAUUGUCAAGACUAUCUGUCAGCCACAUUUGAACCAGUGGAUGUGGUUGCUGCCCAUAAGGAAUUAUGUGAAAAAUCCAAGAGUAUGUGGCAGUCACCGGAUGGGUUUGUAUUCCCUGGAUAUAAGAGCAGCAUUGAAAGCAACCUGCACCCCCAGAUGCCACACAAGGCACGUCAAGAGGAGUUAAGAGAGAAAUGGCAGGAGAAUGUUCUGCAUGCUAACAUGGAGCCAGUGCUGCCGCGAGACAGAUGGAGCUGGGACAAACGGCACAUUGAUUUUGAUCUGUACAAGAAGCCACCUGAGCUCUUCAUUACAACAGCCCCCCCGACUGGUAAUGGAUCUGUUAGAAUUAACUAGUCACAAAGCUUUCACCUUGAACCUCUGACAUCUGCUCCCAAAGCUAUCAGUUCUGCCAUCAAGGAAGGCAGUUUGAAUGCAAA